UAUGGCGGACGCCGGUAGUGGGUUACGAAAGUUUACCACGGAUUUGUCACUAUACGAAAAAGGAAGACCAGAAUACACUCAAGAAUCUGUUCGAUUUCUCCUUAAUCGUGUCGGUGUACUACCCUGGGACAGGAAGGAGCCCAUAAAACUUUUAGAGAUUGCCUCUGGAACUGGAAAAUUUACGCGAGCUAUGGUUAAGGAAUUAGAGGCAGAGAGAGCUAACGUGGAAGUCAUUGCCAGUGACUCUCAGGAGGUGAUGUGUGACACGUUCCGAAAACUUGUCCCUGGAAUCGAGGUGCAUCACUUCCCGGCAGAGAAAAUCGCUCUGCCAGAUGAAAGCAUUCCAGUUAUAAUUUGUGCACAAUCAUUUCACUGGUUUGCCGGUGAAAAGUCUGUUGCUGAGAUUUGUCGUGUUCUUAAACCUGGAGGCAAGUAUGGCAUGAUUUGGAACCAUAGAGAUUUUUCUGUUCCAUGGGUGAGAGCUAUGCAAGAUAUAGUCAAUCCAUUUGUGAGACAAAAAGAUAUGCCACCUGAUCCUAGAGAACUAAAAUGGAUGGAAAGUUUAAAUAGCUCUGGCAAAGUUACCUCAGUAGAAAGGGACAUUAGCUGUAGAACAUACCUGGAAGGAGACAUUGAUAAGAUAGUGUCUGUGAUCAUGUGUAUCAGUGCAAUCAGCCAGAGCAGCAAAGAAAAGAGAACAAUAGUUGAAUCUAAGAUUAGAGAUAUUCUGAUCAACCACCCUGAUCUAAAAGGGACACAAAUUUAUAAACUACCUUAUAUCACAGAUAUCUGCUGGUGUACUAAAAAAUGAUAAAUCUCCAUGAUUUUAGUUAGGGUUUGCAAAAUAUUGACAUAAGGAACAAUAGACCAGCAACUUCAGGCAUAUAAAGAAAUUUGAAAGCUGAAGUGCUUUGGUGGAAUAAAGUGCAAUAUUAAGUAAAUGACUUUUCAGUACUCAACUUGAAUGUAUAACAGCUAUUAAGAAGCCCCUGUUUUGUCAUUUAUUUACAAGGAAGGCUAACAGCCUUUGGAUUAUUCAGAUUAUAUGAUGUUGAUUAUCUUGGUCUCAAAUUCUCAUAUAGUAAUUUAGUUCAAAGCAAAUGUAUUGAAAGGUAAUCAGCUAACGACAACAACUAGGAUAUGUUAGAAAGUGGAUCAUAAGAUCUUAAUUUAAAUUGGUAAUUAUUGUUUAGAAAAUAAACAUGUCUAUCACCAGAAAGAUUUGGCUAUGUAUUGUAAUACAAUCUGAAAUGUUUGAGUAGGAUAAAGAAUAUUGAA